UACACUAUCGUCGCGUGAAGCCACUGCUUCAUUGCACGUGUUUGGCCAGCUGGCAGCACAUCAACAAAACGAUGCAGCGCCACCACGCCAGCCUCGCCGUCCUCAGCUUGGCAGCAGCAUGCUCGGGCCUGACGACGACAGUAACCAAGACGCUCCCGGCGCCGCCGCCCGCGCCGCGACUGACGGCCGCCGACGAGGCGCUGCUGCGGCGGUCGGGCCGCGUCGAGCGCGUCGAACGGGACGGCCGCGUCGGCGCGGCCUGGGCCGUCGUCGACAGCGCGAUGGCCGCCGACGACGCGUGGACGGUCAUCCGCGAGGUCGAGAACUACGACCGGACGAUCCGCGGCGUCAAGGCGGCGGCGCUGAAGCCGGCGACGGCGCCGGACGUGGUCCGCGCGGGCUUCCAGCUGACGAAGCUGCGGCUGCCCGCGAAUUUGGCCUUCGAGGUCAGCGGCCCGCGCGAGCUCACGGUGGCCCUCGACGCCGACGCGCGGAACGUCGCCAUCGAGCGGCUCGCGGGCGCCUGGCGCGUCGAGGAACGGGAGGGCGGCGGCUGCCGCGUCUCCCUGGCCGCGCGCGUCGAGGCGUGCCGCGUCGUGCCCGCGCGGGUCGUCGACUACGUCGCCGAGCGGGCGCUCCGGCGCGCGACGAAGUGGCUCUAG